AUGAAAAUGAAACCCAAAUACAUUGAUUUGUUUGAGAUACGGCUACCUUCUACCCAUAUUAUUUUACCUCGAGGUUUUAAACAAGCAGAUUUUCAUGCCGUAGCCAAGUCAAACAGAGAUACAGGUCAAGGGGUUGAACUCAAUGGCUCGGUUGUACUAAAAUCAUUGGUUCAGCUUGACAGAGUUCAAGCCAUCCAAGUCCGCUUUGUAGGCUGUAUCAUAUCAAAGCAUGAUACAAACCAGUGUAGCUUAAGAGGUUCUGAACGUCUAUUUGAUCAGAAAAUAACGUUAUUUGAGGGGAAUCAUCAAACUAGUCUACUUGGUUCAAUCACACAUGUUUUUGAUUUUACGGUACGUGUUCCAUCAUAUAUGCCUGCAUCGACAUCUACUAGCCAUAUGCAAGUGGAAUACCUUUUGGUCGCUGCAGUGCAUUUUGAGCAUGGAUGUUGUGGCCUUUUGCCACUUUUUUCUCAAGACUCGAUUGUAACACGACAAGAAGUGAUCAUUAUGUAUGAUUGGGAUAUUGGAGCCGAGUUUGAGCAGCUAGUGAAGGUGUAUGGACAGAGGCUGAUUUGCGAAAACAAGGAAAAGUCAAACGGGAAGGAGAAACCAAUGUUGGGAUUGUGUUCUAUUCAAGUCGACUCGGCUUUAGAAAUCGGAUCAAGCACAUAUAAUGAGGGUGUAGAUGAUCAGAAAAAUAGUACACCUUUUUGGAUUAUAUGGACUCCCAGUUCAUACGUUUUAGCAAGGUUUCCGCCUAGUAUGAGCUCUCAUGCUAUGAAUUUUCCUAUCAAAGUUGUUCUCGCUAAAAACUGGGUACCCAUUCAUCUCAAUUGGAGUAUCACGCAGAUGGAAUCGUACGAGUUUUGGUACACUAUCAAUGACAGAAAAAUGGACAAGCGUGUGUUUGAUAAAGGAGAGUGCUGUCGCAAUUGGACCAAUACUAUUGCAUCAGGUGUGGUCAAAGUAUUUGGUGAUGGCAAGAUGAAUCUUAAAACCGACGAAGUAGAAUACCACGUUGAUUUAAGUUUUUGCACAUCAGAUAUCGAGCUGGUUGUUGAUAUCAAGUCAAAAAUUGCAAAUGUAUCACAUCUACUACACCUUGACCUAGAAGUGGAAACUAAGGAUGCUGAUUUGACGCUCAUCAAAAACACAUUCGACUUGAUUUGCCCUAUUUGUGUCAUAAAACCCGUCAAUAUCCAUGAAACUGCAGAUCAAACUAGACAAUUUCUAACGAGUAAUACAGAGGAUAUAUUUGAAGCAAAAAAAGCAGCUCCAGCAGCUGAAGUUUCGGAUGAGGUAAAUCAGUCUAUUCGGAAUAGGUCAAGACAGUCAAAAGCCGUUUCUAACGACACAAAACCAAUCCUGUGA